UAAAGAAAAUGUAUGCAUCUAUAAAAAUGUUAAUGUAUAUACAUAUGAAACUUUAGUAUUCCUCUUAGCAUUGCAUCUAUAUUAAGUUACAUCGACACACUCAAAUCAUAUGUUCAUAACUCUCACAUUUCUUCUUUCCCUCUCUUUUCUCUAAAACGUCUAGCAAAUGAGUUUGAAGCGCUCUUCUUUUUCUUUCUUCUUCUUACUCUUUUCCUUCUUCUCCCUUUCUUCUCAUGUCUCCUCACAAGCCUGCCAAAAAACAUGUGGCCAAAUACCCAUCAAGUACCCUCUCGGAACCGGGGCAGGUUGCGGUGACCCACGUUUCACACGUUACAUCACGUGCGACCCAGACCAACAGACUUUGACGCUCACCACUCACACAGGCUGUUACCCUAUCACUUCCGUCGACUACGCCAAGCAAGAAAUCUACGUCACCGACCCGUCCAUGUCCACGUGUGCAUGUACCCGACCAAGCCACGGUUUCGGGUUGGACUGGGACGCUCCGUUCUCUUUCCACGACGACACCGUUUUCACGCUCCUUGACUGUUCUGUAGACGAAUCCCCUGUUUUCACGCCGUUAAGUAACGGUAGUGGACGUGUCUCUCUCUGUGACCGUCAGAGCUCCUCCAUUUGCACCUUCUUGUACUCCAAUUGCAGGGCGAUAAGCCUAAUAAACCUCCAAGUAUCAACGUGUUGCGUCUACGUGCCUUUAGACCUCGGACCAUCGUUCGAAAUGGAUCUGAAGAAACUCCAAUGCUCGUCCUACUCCGGCUUUUACAAUCUUGGUCCGGGACAAGAAUCUCACCCGGAGAAUUGGAACUACGGAAUCGCACUCAAGUACAAGUUCAACGUUUUUGAUGAGUACCCUGGCGUCUGCGGUGGCUGCGAGCGUAGUAACGGUGCUUGUGGCUUCAACACUCAGACAAGCUCGUUCGUUUGCAACUGUCCCGGUGGGAUUAACACGACGUCGGAUUGCUUCUUCCUUUAUAACUCUGCUUCUAUUCUUGUUCCUUGGCUCUCAAGAGAAUGGGUAGUGUACCCUUUGUCAUGGAUUGUUGUUUGGAUGGUGAUGAGUCUGCGUUAAAGGUUUUUUGCGUUAGUCAAUUCAAUCAGGAAGCCUCAAAGGAUGGAGUGGUUGGAAGAGAAAGCUUAAUUAAUAGAUCGAAUCUUUGUUUCCUUUUUCUAGAACUUUGUGAUAUAUCAUAGCAUGAGAUUCUCUAUUGCUUCUCUCUUUGCAAUAUUAUUCAAGUCACCAUUUAUCUUAUUUACCUUUUCUCCACUUUCCAGCUCAUAAGGAAUCACCUUACUAUAUUAAUUUAAUUCUAAACACUUGCAAAGAAUCAUAA